UGCAGUCAUGACCCGCGCGAUUUAGUGGAUAUAUUGCUGACUAUUGUCCCAAAAAUCAUAUAUAAGGGCCCUCGAUUCGCAAGUCUUCUCAGAAUUUCAGUACCACCAACAUUAACCAUCAGAACUCCGAGUCCUCCAAGCCAGCCAUCAACUACAAUAAUCAUGUACGCCAUCACCCAAGUUCCAGUCACUCAGGCUUGCGCAGCCGCUGCGUGUAGCUGUUCCGCCUGCACCUGCACUCAAUGUGCCUGCAACGCUUGUUCUUCAAGCGAGACCGGUCAAUGCCAAUGCUCUGAAGUCAAUAGUACCUGCAACACGGCCUGCGUUUGCGAGGCCGGAGAAUGCAAGGGAAGUCAGUGCAUGGACUAAUUCCAACGGAAGGAUUGUUAACAACUAUGAGAGCUUCAAGUUAUUAUGUAUUAGUAUCGCCGAUUGAAUGAACCUUCCUGUUUGUGUCCU